GCACCUCGAUCAGAAACACAGAAAUGAUCGACAGAAUUGGUUCCGCUUCAGGAAUGGCCUCGUCCGCUCGGUCUCCCAUAAAUGCCCAAUGACCUGCCUCUCCCUGGGAGUCCACGGCGAACACAUUUAGCCCCCUUUUUGCGGGCCGAUAUCUACGAGUUUGCGCUGCGGCCGCCCGGCGGCAGAAGAGCUAGAUAAUGCCGGAGUGUCUGUGGCCGGAGCCGCUGUCACCGCCGCAGCUGAAGCGGCUGGAGGAGCACAAAUACAGCGCCUGCGGUCGCUCCCUGUUCGAGCCUCCGUGCCAGCUCUACUGGACCUGGCUGGUCCGCCAGAUCCCCACAUGGGUGGCCCCGAACACGCUCACCAUCGUGGGGUUGCUGGUCAACAUCCUGACCACCAUGGUGCUGGUGUUUUACUGUCCCACGGCCACGGAGGAGGCUCCACCAUGGGCUUUCAUCCUGUCUGCUCUGGGCCUCUUCAUCUACCAGUCUCUGGAUGCUAUCGAUGGGAAACAGGCCCGGAGGACAAACAGCAGCUCGGCGCUUGGAGAGCUCUUUGACCACGGUUGUGACGCUGUCUCCACAGUGUUUGUUGCUGUGGGAACAUGCGUUUCAUGUGGAAUAGGGAAAUACUCAAACUGGAUGUUCUUCUGUGGUUUCAUCGGGAUGUUUAUGUUUUUCUGUGCCCACUGGCAGACCUACGUGUCGGGAACCCUCCGCUUCGGCCUGGUUGACGUCACAGAAGUGCAGAUCGCCAUCAUGAUUAUGUACCUUAUGUCGGCUUUCGGUGGCGUGGGCCUUUGGGAUUACACGUUGCCCGUAAUAGGAAUGAAGAUGUACGCCUUCCCCAUAAUGGGCAUCACCGGGGGCGCCCUGUACUCCUGCUACAACUACUUCUAUGUCAUUUUGAACGGAGGUGUCGGCAAGAACGGCUCCACCGUGGCUGACACCAGCGUGCUCGGCCCUGGUUUGCACAUCGGCCUCAUCCUCACGCUGGCCUUCAUCAUUUUCAAGAAGUCGUCCAGCCAUAUCUUUGAGACCCACUCCUGUCUGUACCUUCUCACUUUCGGCCUGGUCAUCGCCAAGAUCUCCAACAAGCUGGUGAUCGCCCACAUGACCAAGAGUGAGUUAUACCUCCCAGACACAGCCUUCAUCGGGCCCAGCCUCCUCUUCUUCAACCAGUACUUCAACAGCUUCAUCGACGAGUACAUCGUACUCUGGAUCGCCAUGGUCCUGUCCCUGGUGGAUCUGACGCGCUACUGCACAGGCCUGUGCCACCAGAUCGCCUCCCACCUGCGCAUCCAAGUGUUCAGCAUCACGCCGCCGAGCCAAGCGCACCGCGACUGACGGCUUGCCCGGCGGGAGGAAGCGGGCGGAGACGCAGAUCUCUCCCCGCUCCUGAAAGCAGACGAUGAGCAGAGACCCUCGACCCCGAGCCACUGCAGCCUCGACAAAGUAACCACUUCUGAUUGAAAUCCGGACACACCAAAUGGUACGCUUAGACCAACCUGACACUGCAAACCAAAAAAAAAAAAAAAAAAAAAAAGAGGGAAGAUUAGGUGGAACCAGGGAUUUUCUUAGAAAUUUUAAGUCAAACAUCAGUGCAGGUUGAAGGGUAUUUUUCAGCCUGAACACCAAAAUGUUUUCUUUUUAUAUGGGUGUUUUAUAGCUUGGGCAGUUAUCAAAGCACUUUUUUAUGCUUUAAAAAAAAAAUCUUGUUCAGCAGAUAUAUUGCCAUAAAUCUGGCUUAGACACAGCAAUAAGUUAAAUCACUAAUAAAUACUUUUAAGGUAUAUUUCUUUGAUAAAUGCCCAAACAAUUUUUUUUUUUUUUUUUUUUUUAAACACCCUUUUACUGAUGAAAGUUCUCUUAAUCAUUCAUCUUUUUUUAUUUAUUAAAUGACUCAAUCUGACACAAAUCAGGGCUUUAAAAUAAAGAGUUUUAAUUCUGUUUUUAAACGACCUUUUUGAAACCUCAAAUAACUUCCAAUGAAGUCUCAGUUGUGGACUGGCGGGCUGUCAACAAGGGUAAAGGGUCGCGUGCCGAUGCUGAAAACGACGACGGCGGGUCCUCUUUUAGGCUCGUCCCCACACGCAUCAGUCCGGCUUCCAGAGUUUUUAUAUCCCGCAACUCAUCUCGUCCCGGAAAAUAGGAAAACUCUCCAAGUUGAAGCCUUUUGGAGCGCCGUCGGCUGAUGAAGCGUCAGCUUGUUCUGCUUUCUCCGUUCUCCUCCCUGAAGGGCUAAUAAUAAUAAUUAUCUGUGAUUGUACAGAAAUAAACUGAAGACGCCUUAAAUAUUUUUGUUGUAAUUACUGUUUAACUUGUGAAUAAUUGAAACAGGUUUGUAUGUAUGUGUUUUCUUUUAAGUAUCAUACCAGGUACAUCGAUAGUUACAAUACUACUGGAAUUUUCUUUCUUUUUCUGUUGUAACUAUUCACUUCUGAAGUGUCUUCGCUUAAACGAGUGACUUUAUUUGGUUCUUGGAGUUAUGUUGGAUCAUCAGUAAUUGUAUCAUGAUCAAGUAUCUGAGAAAAGUUGUAAUUUCACACUUAAUUCAGGUUUGUUGGGAUCAAAAGGGAUUUUUUUUCCGUAGGGUUGGUGAUAUUUAAGGGUUUUAAAAGAAAAAGAUUAUUUUCCUCCUCUGUGUUUCUUGUUCCACCUUCUGGACAUUUACAGAUGGAUGUGUCCUUCAAAGAUCAUUUUUGCCUAAUUUCUGGAUGGACUUUGGAAGUUUGUAUUGAAACUUUGCUUUCAACACCUUGUACUCUUCGGUAACACAAUGAAGAACAUUUAUAUUAACAACCGCGAGUGGAAAAGACUGUAAUAAAGAUAAUAUUUUUCAUCUA